GUUUACCAUUCCAGAUUGGUAAACGGAUCGCAUUCACGAGCAUGUUCAUAGUAUCAAAUAAUUUCAAUCCUCCAGCUCGAUUUUUGAGUCACUUGCCGCGAAUCUUAAAAUGUGGAUCGUCGACAUGGCCCUUGCUUUUUAGAAUACUAAGAACGCAGAAUUAGGUCCGCGGGCGAACACGUGAAAACUGGAAGAAACGUUGCUGAGAGUUUGCCCUUGAUUCUGACUGGAGCUCUUGAAGCUCCUCUGGACUUGCCGUCGUCGGGAAGUAUCUCCCGGAAUUUGCGACUCGGACGCUGGUGGGAGUCGAAAAGACUGUGGACGAUUUGUGUGGGUCUGAGGGAAUUGUUUCGUCUCUGCUGGGGAGGAGAUCUGAAUUAGUGCAGGAUCGCUGUUGCGGUGGAAGGGAAGGCAAGGGAUCUAAGGGGUUGGGAAGUGGAAGGCCAACAGCCCGAUUUGGGCGACUGAAUUCCAUGGUUUUAGCCAAGUUCGAAAGUAGGUGGAGUCUGAGGAGGAGGAGGAGGACGACGAGGAGCGAGGGCAGCGCAGCAGGUGUGGAGAAUAUGAAACCAGGGCGAGCCCGGGCUCCGGGCGAAGACGUGAUCCGGUCCAUCGACUAAAGCCCGGAAUUUUGGGAGAGGAAAAAUGCAGCGGCCCGGUCGAGAUGCACGACGAGGGAACAAUUCGCGUGGGGGUAGUGGAGGUGGAGGUGGAGGUGGUGGCGCGGGAGGAAGCGCAUUCCCGGGAUUUCCAGACCCUUUUGCAGGAUUUGGUGGGCGGCCAGGCUUCUUCUCUGAUAUGUUCGAGAAUGAUCCAUUUUCCAGCGAUCCGUUCUUCACCCGACCUUUUGGAAGUCUUUUCGGGAAUUCGGGAAGUUUGUUUGGCCCCAGUGGUCUCUUCAGUCAAGAUCUCUUUCCUCAUUCGGGAAAUCAUCAGGCCAAUGGGUCACAGAGACAAAUUCCAAUCAAACAUAGGCCGUCCAACGCGCCUCCGGAAGGAGGUCGAAGGGAAAUCCAUAUCGAAGAAAUUCCAGACGACCACGAUGACGGAGGAAUGGCUGGGGUCACAUCUCAUCAGGAGCCAAUAAUCGAACAUCCAAAGGAAGACGAUAGUAGGAAUACAGAAAUUACUCAUUAUCGACCUGAACGUCCAACGAGGAAUUCAAACUCAGUAUCGAAUCCGCGAUCUACCAAUAUCCCUGAUGCGUACUGCUAUCAAAGUUCUUCCGUUACCUACGGUGGAGCUGAUGGACCUUACUAUGCUGCUCAUUUGAGCCGGAGAAGUGGGCCUGAUGGGGUCUAUGAAGAGCAACAACAAGAAAAGGACAUUGCAGCGGGGAAAGAGACCCACAAAAUACUUCAUGGAUUGGGUCAAAAGGGCAGGGCUUUAACCCGGAAAAGGAACUCGGAAGGCCGGGAGGAAGAAUUUGAAACUUUGCACAAUCUUGCCAAAGAUGAAGUACAAGAUUUUGAGAGAAACUGGGAGGUAAAGGCAGAGAAAGUCUUUCCUCGAUUUAAAAAUUCAUCACAGCGUAUAGGCUCAGGUUCGGGAAGCAAACCCAGAGCUGCACUGCCAUCAAAUGGUGGUUCUAGUUCGGGCUCCAAAUCGCGGCCCGGUCCACCAUCGAACGGUGGCGCCUCUCGUUCCAAAGGACGUUGAAGAGAUGGAACCAAACCAGAGCAAAACAGUCCUAUCAGAAAAAGGAAGGAUCUUUACAAUCUGUUGUAAAUCUCCUGUAGCAUAUGAAGUGAGGUGCCACAGAUUAUUGGCAUGGUCCACGAGCUCAUGUGCAGUGCCCGAACAGAAGAGGCAGAAUCUCCAUGAAAAUGUACUGAAGACUGUUAGUCUUCAACCCUUGAUUGUCUCCAUGGUGGGGCGAGAUCUGAAGAGAAAGCAUGGUUUCUACACAACGGAGCUUGAUAGGAAGUAGUACAGCCGCCAUAAUACAGCCUCUGGCUUUAUACCCUGAUUGUUGUACCGGUCAUGGUACUGAGAAAUUUGAAGGUAAAGUAUAUGGAGAAAAUGUGUCAGGUGAUGAUUUGUUAGUGCAUAUUGUCCGUUGGAUUAUGUGAAAGAGGUUCAUUGAAAGCAUUAUGCGAAGAUAAACAUAUAGAAAGUUUAUUUUUUUCCCAAGUCCCGGUAUAAUAUUCAAAAUGUUCAAAAAUUAAGAAAACUAAAUUGG